AUGGUCAUGAUCAAACAUAGUAUCACAUUACUAUUUGUUGUCUUUGCCUUCCACUACUCAUCAUCAACAAAGGUUACAUACAACGUCCUGAAAUUUGGAGCCAAAGGCAACGGUCUCUUAGAUUCAAGAAAUGCAUUCCUCAAAGCAUGGGGUUUGGCAUGUGCCUCCACCAAUCCCGCUAUCAUCUAUGUUCCAAUUGGGAGGUACUUGAUUGCAUCUGCUAUCACAUUCACCGGCCAAGGAUGUAAAAGCAAAUCCAUCACAAUUAACAUAGAUGGAACCUUGGUGGCUCCCUCUACCAACUAUUAUGCUAUCGGCAAUGCCCAAGUUUGGAUUAAGUUCUACCGGGUUAACCAUGUUACCAUCUCCGGUGGAACCCUUGAUGCGCAAGGUGCCCCUCUAUGGGCUUGCAAAUCCUCUGGAAAGAUUACUUGUCCUAAAGGAGCUACGACACUUGGCUUCUACCAUUCUCAAAACAUAGUGAUCCGAAAGUUAAGGUCAUUAAAUAGUCAAAUGUUCCAUAUUCUACUCUAUGCAUGCAACAACGCCAAGCUACAAGGAGUGAGUGUCUCGGCACCCGGGCUCAGCCCUAAUACAGACGGUAUCCAUUUAACAUAUUCCACAGGUAUCACCAUCUUGAAUUCUAAGAUCUCAACAGGGGACGAUUGUGUCUCAAUAGGCCCAGGCAAUUCUAAUAUCUGGAUAGAGAAGGUGGUGUGCGGCCCUGGUCAUGGCAUAAGCAUUGGGAGUCUAGGGUGGGAAUUGGAAGAAGCUGGUGUCCAAAAUGUAACGGUAAAAACAACAAGAUUUAUAGGUACUCAAAAUGGUGUGAGGAUAAAGGCAUGGGCGAGGCGCAGCAAUGGGUUUGUGAAGGAUGUUGUUUUUCAGCAUGCAACGAUGAUCAACGUCCAAAAUCCAAUUUUAAUAGAUGCAAAUUACUGCCCCAACAAUAACAAUUGCCCUAAUCAGGUUUCAGGAAUAAAGAUCAGCAACGUAGUGUAUGAAGAUGUACAUGGAACAUCAGCUACACGAGUGGCGGUGAAAUUUGAUUGUAGCAAAGGGAAGCCAUGCAAUGGAAUCAAACUAAAGGAUGUUAAUCUCAUAUAUGGGGGGCAACCAGCUGCCUCUUCAUGCUCCUAUGUUGCCGGUAUUGCUUCCGGCUUACUUCGACCUACAAGUUGUCUCUAA